GAUUGUACAGGACAUCUGAUGACACUAAGUACAUACAGUGUAUACAGUACGAUACAGUUCAAGAACGGUAUAGUUAAGACCUACCGACGAGUGCGGUUCUGUCCAAGAGGAACGUGGACUCAGGAAUGAGAUUGAUUAAUUCCUCUUUAUUUUUGCGUUGGACUCCCUGUGGUAGAAGCUAUCGACUGUCCUUAAUUAUCUAGCCAGGGCUGGUAUUAGCAUUUUCGGUUCAUAUUUUCGGUUUCUUAGGACUGAUUAUAUUCCAUUGUUGAAUUUUCUUUAGUCAUCGAAGACUGAUAUGUAAUUCUAAAAUCAAGCAUGUUGAUCGUGUUCUGUCAUCCAUGUCACACUGGUACCAGAAAACAGACACAAAGGAACGCCACGAAAGGUCAUUUUUUUACCUCGACAAAGAAUCGAAACCUUUGAGUAAUUAUUCCAUUCGAAUAAGCAAAGCUAAGCCGAUCAAAAAAGACGAGUAUCAACCURUAAACUGACAAAACACACGAGGAAAAACAAAUUUUGGAAUUACAUGAAGGUGUAUCUUUUGCUUUUAUUUGCGAAGGAGUGGACUAAAGAUUUACGGAUCAAGCGAGGUUUCUAUUCAGUUCAGUAAGAAGGAAGUAUUCAUAUUCAAAGAGAAACUGUUUUGACAUGCAAGGCUUUUCGGACAUGAAUCAGGAAUACGAUUAUUUAUUCAAGCUUCUUCUGAUAGGCGAUUCUGGUGUAGGAAAAUCAAGCCUUCUUCUUCGCUUCGCUGACGACUCGUUCAAUGAAUGUUACAUCAGUACGAUAGGAGUAGACUUCAAAAUACGAACUGUACGAGUCGGUGGAAAAACUGUCAAACUACAGAUAUGGGAUACAGCUGGCCAAGAACGUUUUAAAACCCUAACAACGGCGUAUUAUCGAAGCGCCCAUGGAGUCAUUUUAGUGUAUGAUGUCAACGAUAAAGACUCUUUUCUACAUCUCGAUGGCUGGAUGGGUGAAGUAGGGAAAAACUCAUGCGAGGCGGUCAAUAUAAUGUUAGUUGGAAACAAGUGCGACGUUGUCGGAAGGAGACAGGUUGAUUACAAAACAGCCAAGUCAUUCGCUGAGGAUGUAAAUAUGUCUUUUAUAGAGACUAGUGCAAAGGAUAGUACGAAUGUUGAUAAGGUUUUCCUGACGAUGGCUGGGGAGUUAAAAGAAAAGCUGGGUACGCCGAUUACUUCUCCAGCCGGCGACGACUCGAAAGCUGACGCGCUGUUAUUAUCUGUUAAACCGGUUAAAGGUGGAAACUCGGAAAAAAAUUGUUGCUAACCCCUAGAAACUCGGAUAUAACUAAAACACAUAUAACCUUUAAAUAUCGAAGCAUGUGAACAGCAGAAAAUUUAUUUUCCAAAUUGAAUUUCACUGGAAAAACAAUGAAUACUGCAGUAGACAUUCUGCUUCCGUGUUUUAAUUAUCAAAAUUAAGCGAUUUUAAAUAUGGCUCGCCAUUUUCAAUCUAUACCAAGGAUUUAGUGUUAUUUAAAAAGUCAUGUUCUAUUGUAUAAGAACUUUGGUUUAAUAGCAUUGGAAACGUGUUCGAGUAGUUAAAAUUAUUAAAAAAAUAAUCGUGCUCUUUAAUUUUACAUGGGCUAUUAAUCCCACUUGUGGCCCUAAUCUCGCGAUCAAAAUAAAGUUUUGAUUUUUGA